CCGAUCCUACCGAUACGAUGCCAUUUAUUAAUCGAUUCAUAUCCCCUUUCUCUAUAGCUUCCUACUCACGCCUCCCUAGGUCUUGGAUGCUUGGCCCGUGACCUCAAGAUGCCGUCCGUCUCACGUAUUGCAACUGCUGUUAUAGCAGCUGCUGCCACCCUACAGACCUGUUUUGCCCAAGUUGCCACCCCAUACACCGAUCCAGACACAGGGAUAGAAUUUGGAACAUGGCCCUCUACGGGAUAUACGUUUGGCCUAACUCUUCCUGAAGAUGCCUUAACUACGGAUGCAUCGGAGUACAUCGGUAUACUCCAAUGUUCGACCGGGUGGUGUGGAGUAUCCCACGGCGAGUCGGGUCAGAUGACAGAUGCCUUGCUGCUCGUUGCCUGGCCUUACAAUGGCGAAGUUUUGACGUCUUUCCGGUUCACUACUGGAUACAAUCUACCGGGAGUUUAUAGCGGAAACGCAACUCUGACGCAGAUCUCGUCGAAAGUCAACGACACUGGCUUCGAGGUCAUAUACCGAUGCCAGAACUGUUUCUCCUGGAAUCAAGAGGGCACCACCGGCCACGUUGAAACUACCGGUGGAACGCUUGUCUUUGGACGAGCUGCCGCUUCAGCUAUUCCUUCUAACCCGGAGUGCCCUGCUAAAAUCUCUUUUAGACAACACCAAAGCUUCGGGCAAUUCGGCGCCCCUCUAGAGGGCAUUGGAAAAGCUAAGUACCCUGACUGGGCUGCAUUGGCAACGAAAACCGUUCCUGGCGAGUGUGGUGGUGAGGAUGUGCCACCGCCAACAACUCCUGUUUGUGCCAAGGAGAUGGCUAAUCAGACAUUCGACUACAUUGUCGUCGGUGCCGGAGCUGGUGGGAUACCCAUUGCGGACCGUCUAAGCGAGAAGGGUCAUAGCGUUCUGUUAAUCGAGAAGGGUCCGCCAUCUGCGGGGAUGUGGGGUGGAAAUAUGAAGCCCCUCUGGCUUGAGAAGACAGAUCUGACACGAUUCGAUGUUCCGGGCCUGUGCAACCAGAUCUGGGUCGAUUCAGAUGGUGUGGCUUGUCUUGAUACUGACCAAAUGGCUGGAUGUGUUCUUGGUGGAGGCACGGCUGUUAAUGCUGGUUUGUGGUGGAAGGCAAACCCGAAGGACUGGGAUGAAAACUUUCCCGCCGGGUGGCACAACUCUGAUCUCCGAAGUGCUACGGACCGAACGUUCACACGUAUUCCGGGAACUACGAAGCCAUCUCAAGAUGGUGAAGUAUACAUGCACCAAGGAUUUGAUGUUAUCUCCAGCGGAUUGUCAAAGGCAGGGUGGAAGAAUGUGCCGAUUCCGAAUGAUGCGCCAACUCAAAAGAACCAUACUUAUGGUGCUACGACAUACAUGUUUUCGGGCGGCGAGAGAGGUGGCCCCCUGACUACUUAUCUGGCUACAGCUGCCAAGCGUGAUAACUUCGCGCUCUGGAUGAACACUCCAGUCCGGAGAGCUCUAAGAACCGGGAGUCACAUCACCGGAGUUGAGUUAGACUGUACAGUAGAAGGGGGAGGAUUUGGCACUGUCGACGUUACCGCUAAGACUGGACGAGUUAUCGCCGCUGCAGGGACAUUUGGCUCAGCCAAGCUCCUCCUAAGAAGUGGCAUUGGUCCAGCUGACCAACUUGAGGUCGUUGCUGCUUCAGCAUCUGAUGGAAAGGCUUUCAUUGACAAAGAAUCCUGGAUUAACCUACCAGUCGGUUAUAACUUGAUGGACCAUGUUAACACCGAUACCUACUUCACACAUCCGGAUGUCGUUUUUUACGACUUCUACGAGGCAUGGACAACACCAAUCCCCUCCGAUAAGCAAAAAUACCUUGCAAACCGUACUGGUAUUCUUGCACAAUCUGCUCCCAAUAUUGGUCCUGUGUUCUGGGACGAAAUCACAGGCGCGGAUGGAGUGGUUCGUCAACUUCAAUGGACAGCUCGUGUCGAAGGUGCCGACCAGACAAAUAGCACAAACACCAUGAUCAUGAGCCAAUACCUUGGUAGAGGCCAAGUAUCACGAGGCCGCAUGACCAUCAGCCCUGGCCUGAGCACGAUUGUCUCAACGCCACCUUACCUUCGAGACCCCAAUGACAAGGCAGCUGUUGUCAAGGGCAUUGAGAAUUUGAGAAGCGCUUUAAGCACAGUCAAGGACCUUGUGUUCCAAUUGCCGAAAACAAACCAAACCACAGAAGCCUACGUUGAUGCUAUCGAAGUCACUUCUGCCAAACGUCGCUCAAAUCACUGGAUGGGAACCGCCAAAUUGGGCACGGAUGAUGGCCGUCAAGAAAACGGCACGGCUGUCGUCGAUCUUAACACUAAGGUCUAUGGUACCGAUAACCUCUUCGUUGUUGAUGGGUCCAUAUUCCCUGGCAUGGUCACCGGAAAUCCUUCGGCUAUGAUUGUGACCGCAGCCGAAUUUGCAGCCGAUAAGAUCCUAGACUUGGAGCCAAGGGUUCCGACGAAGUUCACGAAAAAUACAGGUGGACAGAUCAUAAUACUAUAGACUAGUCCAGCUUGAGUCGUCGAAUUUGACAAUGGUCUAUGCUUGAAAAUAUUUCUUGUACAUAUGUUCUAUUUCAGGGGAUGUCCACAAGAC